ACCAAUCGGAGAAAACCACACUUGACCGUUCCCUGAAAAGCAGUACAUUCGUUGGCUGUCGAGUCGAACGAUUUGGUCUCUCGAAAGAUCCUCAACAGUGACGACCAAUCCGAGAGCCACGGUAAAUUCAAUCUACCAAUCAUGGAUAAAGAAGUCUUGGUUCUUCUCGUUCCGAUUGGUCGGAAUUAAAUGCCAUUCCACCCUCAAUAAUAUGUUUCCGAACGCACAGCGCAGUUUUUCUCGCUAUGUCGCCGCGUUUCGACGCUCGCCGCGCCACGGCAGCACCGUACGACGAAAUUACGUCACGCGACGAUGACGUGCUUAAUGGUUUAAUGGCUUCCAUUCGGUCGAGCUAGCUUUUAUGAGCGAGCCAGCAUCGAAUCCAAAGAAAACACAUAAGAUAUGAUGCGAUCGGCUGUCGAAUUCAUAAAAAUAUGAUCGUCUGAGAGCCGGAAUUACUGAUAAUCGCAGUAAUUUCUAGUAACUUUGUAUCUUUGGCCAACGAAACUCGGACCGAGUUCUGGUUUAUCGUGCACACACAAGGCUUCACGCAUCUCCCUCUCAUCAUCGGCCCUACGUGCUGUGGUUUCGGCCCUGAUGCGAAGGACACCGUUUCUCGCCGCGGCAUCGCAGGACACAAAUCUCACCAGGUGACAUGCCUCGAGAGGUCGAUCAUAAUGGGAGAUUUCGCUCGCGCAGACGCGGCAGCACAGGUAGCGACGUGGUGAACCGGCACAGUUUCGAGGGGAGCGACAAGAAACACCGCAGACAUGGAAAAAGCAAGAGCUCCGGCAAGAAAAAGAAGAAACGCUCGCGCGACAAAUCCAUGGAGAACGUGCCGACUGUCGCCUCGAGCGUCGUCAAACCUUUGGUGGAAUAUUCGGAUGUAAGUAGCGAAGAUCUAUCCGAGCCUGAAGCCGGGGAGAUACAGUCGGAGGACAGUCGCGGCAACAGCUAUACGGAUGGUGAAGUACCUGAACCGCUCCUUCAAAGGCGAUAUUAUGGUGGUAGUCCGGUCCGCGCUCUCGGAGUCUCACCGAUCAGCCUGUCACCGUCCCCGCCGCUCCCCCACCGGCACGCUGGUAGACAUUACUCGCCGAACGCGGUGCAGCAACAGCCGGUGACGAUACACGCCGGCGCCGCGGCCGAUUACGAGGAGGAGUCGAGACGGUACGCCCGGCGGAAGGAGAAGAAGCACAAGCGCGAGAAGAAGAAGAAGAAGAGCCUCAGCCCGUCGUCCACCUCCAGCAAGAAGAAGAAGAGAAAGUCGAAGCGGCAUUCUCACAGCAUAAGCCCGCCGCCGCACGUAGGCGCCGCGACGAUGGACAUCGUCCUGAGUCCGGAGCGUGAGAAACCGGUCGCCCGUUGGUCCGAGUCGCCCCCCUUGCCGCUCAAGGACAACAUGUCGCCGAUCUCGCCGGCGACGCCGCACGAGCAGAGGUGCCUCAGCGACAUGGAGAUGGAGUUGCAGCCGAGGCGGAACGUCGUCACGCCGCCUCCCCUGCCGAUGCCGAUGCGGCAGACGGAGUCGCCGCACACUCCGCUGCUACCGCCGCGCGCCAUCACGCCGGAGUGCGUCAACAAGGUCGUCCUGCUGAAGCACAGCCCCGACCGCGGCCGGGAGAAACGCAGCCCGAGCAUUCACGCGCGGCGCUGCAGCGUCAGUCCGGGACCGGGGCUGUGCUUCAGNCCGGGACCGGCCGCGAUCGGCCGCAAGAGGCCGCACAGCCCGAGCCCCCCGCCGGCGACGAGACGAAGGGAACACAGUCCGCCGCGGAGAAGAGACUUCAGCCCCGCGCCGGUGGUGCUUCACAGCAGGCUCAGGCACACUCCGAGCCCGGUCGCGACCAGGCGACGCGAAUUCAGCCCGAGUCCCGUGAGCCAUCGGCGGCGGGCCGAGACGGUCACCUCGCCGUCGUCGAAACGUCGGAGACGGGAGGACUCGGAUCGACGUCACAGGCAUCACGAGAAGGACAGGAGGGACAAGCGGAAGUCGAGGUCCACCAGAAGUCCCACCAGUAGCAGGGUGCACCUGCCUCUCUCCCGAUCGCGGUCUCGCAGCCCCGGCAGAUCCUCCUGGCGGAAGCAGUCCCGCUCGAGGUCGCACUCGCGCCGAAGGAGCCGCACCCCGAAGAAAUCGCGCUCGCCCGGCAAGAUCCACAAGUCGUCGAGGAAGCACAAGUCGAAGAGCCCCCGCCCGAGAAUACCCUCCCCCUCCCCGCACAGGUCCAGGGCCAGGAGCCCGUCGAGCAUCACGGCGCGGAAUCUCCGGGUGCAGGCGAAGAUCAGCGAGACCAGUCUGUUCGCGGAGCUGGUGAAGGACCGGAACAUGAGGGAGCUCGCGUACAAGAAGCUGCAGGCCGCGAAGGAGAAGGCCGUCACGCAGGACGAGGUGCAGAUUAUCGAGGGCACCGACGAGAAGGACAGCGGCGGCAACGCGGCAGCGUCCGCCGAGAACAAAGCUUCCAUUGACAAUAAGGACAAGCCGGUGAAUCACAACAAGGAGUCGCAACAGGCGAAGCUCGGCGAGGCCGGCGGCGCGGCCAAGUGCGUCGACAUCGUCGACAUCCCCGUGCCGGUGAGCGACGACAGCGGCCCGGCCGGCAAGACGCCGCCGUUACCGGCCAGCCAGCCGGCGGCACCGCCGGCCCCGACGACCCCGGCGAAUCUGACCCCCCAAGCGAUCACUGUACAUACCUCGCCGCUGCCGCCCACCAUCGCCACGUCCGCAGUAGCCAACAAUUGCCCGGUAUCCGCCGUAUCCCACAGUCCGAAUUUCCCGGGUGCGAGCGCGCAGCAGCAACCGCCGCCGCCGCCACCACUGCCGCAGCCACCCGAGUCGUCCGCGUCGACGGUGCCGCCGCCGGCGGCCGCGUCGGCCCCGGCCCCACCGGCGGCGCCGGCCAUGCCGAACAUGGCUGUUCCGCCGCCACCUAUCCCGAUACCCGUGCCGGCCCCGAACACGAUCAUGUCUAAGUUCAACGCCCCUAACAAUCUGGUGCCUCUGAAGUCGGUCGACCCGCCCAAGCCUCCCAUAGUGGCUUUCAAGACGAAGAGCCUGUCGAAGCUGCCGAUGCCGCCCGGGAUUAACCAGAACGACCUGGAGAGCAUCGACUCCCCGCCGAGUCGUUCCCCGAGUCCUCCCAGUAAGACUCAGGCGAAGUUCCCGGCUUCGGCUGCGCCGAAGCCGCCGCAGAAGAAGAGCAUCAAGGACCUGCCGAUGCCGCCGGUUGUACCUGGCUCGGAAGACUUGAGCGGCGAGGACGACCCGAACGCCACGCCGCCGCGUUUGAAGAUGGAGCGGAUGGCGCCGAAGCCGAAGCUGAAGAGGCCGAAGAUACUGAAGCGACGUGGCUCGCGGAACUGUCACGCCCCCACCUCGGCCUCCAGCGGCAAGGAUUGGGGCGAACGUUGCGUGGACGUGUUCGAGUUCAUCACGCAGAUCGGAGAGGGCACUUACGGACAGGUGUACAAAGCGCGGGACAAACGGUCCGGCGUGCUCGUAGCCCUGAAGAAGGUCCGGCUGGAGAACGAGAAGGAGGGCUUCCCCAUCACCGCGGUUCGAGAGAUCAAGAUCCUACGCCAGCUCAAUCACAAGAACAUCGUCAACCUCAGGGAGGUCGUCACCGACAAACAGGACGCGCUGGAUUUCCGGAAGGAUAAAGGUUCCUUUUACUUGGUUUUCGAAUACAUGGACCACGAUUUGAUGGGUCUCCUGGAGUCCGGUAUGGUGGAUUUUAACGAGAUGAACAACGCCAGUAUCAUGAAACAGCUGUUGGACGGCUUGAAUUACUGUCACAGCAAGAAUUUCCUGCAUCGAGACAUCAAGUGUUCGAAUAUACUGAUGAACAACAAAGGGGAGGUUAAACUGGCCGACUUUGGAUUGGCGCGGCUUUAUAACGCAGAGGACCGACAGAGGCCGUACACCAAUAAGGUGAUCACUCUGUGGUACAGGCCGCCCGAACUGUUGCUGGGAGAGGAGCGUUACGGGCCUGCGAUCGAUGUGUGGAGUUGCGGGUGUAUAUUGGGAGAGUUGUUUUUGAAGAAGCCUUUAUUCCAGGCCAAUGCAGAUAUGAUACAGCUGGAAUAUAUUUCGAAACUUUGUGGCACACCCACUCCGGCUGCCUGGCCUUCUGUGAUAAAAUUGCCGCAUUGGCAUACACUUAAGCCAAAAAAGGUAUACAGGAGACGUUUGAGGGAGGAUUUCUCAUUUAUGCCGGGCCCGGCUCUGGAUGUCCUGGAUAAAAUGUUGGAAUUAGAUCCCGAGAAACGGAUCACGGCGGCGGACGCGCUCAAAAGUGCUUGGCUGAGGAACGUUCAGCCUGAACAAAUGCCAGCGCCGCAGCUACCUACCUGGCAGGAUUGUCACGAACUCUGGUGGAAAAAGCGGAAACGCUUGUUACGGGAGCAGCAAGAUAACGCUACUACCAAAAUGCCUCUUCUUCCGUUCCCAAAUAAAGGAGGCCCUCACAAGGACGAUCUGUCGGAUGUCGGGGGGUAAUCAUAUCUUCAAAGAAGCCAUCCAACAGGCAACAUACGGAAUUACUUGGAAAUUACAUGUUUGCCAGCGUGCUCGAUGGUCUCUUACAUACAUAUAUACAUACAUAUAUAUAUAUAUAUAUAUAUAUAUAUAUAUAUAUAUAUGCGUGUGUGUAUAUUUAAAGUAAUAAUAAAAUGUAUGUUACUUUUUCUACUUAUUCCACAAAUGCUUUUAUACAUUCGGCGUGCUUCGUUAUUAUUUAUUAUUUCUCGUAGAAUAAACGCAACUAAAUCAUUACGGUUCCUCAUUGAUGUGUAAAAAUAUAGAACCACUUUUCUAAUAAUACAAUGAGUACAACAACCGAAUAUGAAUAGCAUAAUGAAUAUUAAAACAGUUUGUUCUAUCUGAAAUAAUAAAUUAAAAUUUUUUAUUAGGUAAAAUUUUCAAAAAGAAGUUGGGCAAGAUUGUACAGUAUAUAUUCAUGAUAUACUAUCAUGUAUUUUGCACAUUUUCUCGUUCGCAUUUCUAAUUAAUUUGUUAAUUUAUUUAAUUUAUAUAUGGGUAGAAAAAUUUCUUUUACAUGCCAGCUUCUUUUUAUAUUAUUAUCAUAAAGCUGCCCUUCCUUUUUUAAUGAUAUAUAAACUUGUCGUACUUUCAUGUCACUAAAAUUUACUACGUUUUCCUGAUACGAAAAUAUGUAUUUUUGUAAGAGACUUAAAAGAUAUUAUUAUUUGGGAAAUAAUAAAAUGUUUAUGUAAUGUUUGCAAAGCCUUCGACGUGUCAGUAAAGGGCAGCAGAAUGUGACAAUCUCUUCUUACUGUGAAUGUAAACUCAUAUCCUACAAAGAUGCUAUGUGUUAAAAAUUUUAAAAAAAUUUGAAGAAUACCUCCGAGAAUAUCUUCAGGAAGAAUAUUUCACGUUUCUUUUAUGUAUAUGAAUAUGUAGUACACUUGUAUUAUGCUUGUAGCUGAGACGCAGAAGAAAGCGCAUUAUAAUGGGAAGUAUAUUCAUAAUCAAGUUAUGUUUGUAUACAGAUACAUUUAUAUAAAAUAGUGUAAAGAAUACUUUAGAAAAUAUAACGUUUGAAAAAUAUGUAACAUGUUUUUACAUACGACUUUCAUUAAAUAAUGUACGACAAACGUGGAGUCCGAUAAUUUCAUAGUCGUCUUAUAUAAAUAAUACGUUAAUAAAUAAUAAAUAGUACGUUCCUAUAUUUAUCAAUAUUAUUAUUUAUUAUAUUAUUUAACAUAACUUUUACACGCGCGUGAGAUUUUAUGCUUUCGAUAAGAAAUGCAGCUGAAAUUAUUAUAUGCAAUUGAUAAAAGUAUAUUAUUCAAUAUUAAUAAAGUUUUCCUUAAUAACGAAUAAGGGUUUCCUUAAUAACGAACAAUGUAAAUUCUUCAAAAUUUGUCUAACACGUUUGUCCGUAUGUUAUGAAUGCGUAACUAAUUAUACAAAGUAAAAAUCUCGUUUUUACUUAUAUAUAUUGCUAUAUAUAUAUAGCAGACUGAAAGAAUAUUAUUUCACAUAUAUAUAUAUGUAUAUAUUAUGCUACAUUUCGAAUAUGUAGAUAUCAAUUAUGAUCCAAGAUGAUGCCUUGUGAUUAUGUAGCAAACGUUUACACGAGAAGAAGAGUAAUUAUAUACAAGAAAUUACUAUAUUUGAGUAAUUAUUGUUAACACACACACACACACACACACACACAUACACACAGCGCGUUAUAUUGUGGAAUACGUAGAAAGUGACAUAAUAAUUUAGGCGCAGGAUUAUACUUAUAGUCACAGCCUGAUUGGCACGCAGAUAUGAUUUGAUGUCUAAUAGGAGAAAAUUAUGUUUCAGGAGAUAAUAUAAUUGUGGCUGAAUUGUAGAUGGACAAAUUUUGUAGCACUUGUAAGAAUAUA